AUGACCAGCCUCACGGCAGCAUCUGUCUUCAUCCUCCGGGGCUUCUCGACCAUCCCUGAGCUACAGCUCCUCAGCGUGGCCGCCUUCUUUCUCAUUUACGUCGCUGCGGUGUUGGGCAACGUCUCCAUCAUGGCUGCCGUGACACUGGACGCCCGGCUGCACACGCCCAUGUACUUCUUCCUCAAACACCUCUCCCUGGUGGACAUCUGCUCCAUGUCCUCCACUCUGCCCUGGGCCCCGAUGGCUGCCAUGGUGGGCUCUGGGGAGCUUUCCUCCCUUGCCUGUGCAUCUCAACUCUUCGCCUUUGUCUGCCUGGGGUCCACAGAGUGCUUCCUCAUCGCCUCCACGGCUCAUGCCCGCUUGGCCUGGGGCAGUGGCCUUCUCUUCUCCACCUUCCACGCGGCCAACACAUUCUCCCUGCCCUUCUGCGGCCCCAAUGUGAUCGACCACUUCUUCUGUGACAUCCCCCCGCUCUUGCACCUGGCCUGUGCCAACACAGAUUCUCACGAGGCUACUGGACUUGCCGUCAGCGGCUGUGUCAUCAUGAGUUGUUUUGUCCUCACCAUCCUCUCCUAUGUCCGCAUCUUGGCCACUGUGGUCAACCCGCUCAGCACUGGCCGCCGGAAGGCCUUCUCCACCUGCUCGCCCCACUUGGCCACAGUGCUCCUGUUUUAUGGCACCGGCAGCUCAGCCUACAUGCGGCCCACCGCCCGCUACUCCCCACUGCAAGGGCGCCUGGCUGCGUUCUUCCACUCCAUCCUCACACCCAGCCUGAAUCCUCUCAUCUACAGCCUGAGGAACAAGGACAUGAAGGGGCCCUGCAUAAGCUCUACCUCCAGGUGGCAUCUUGGAGCCAGAACCUGGACGUGGGGAACCGGCAAGGACUGA